AUGUCCGAUUCAAAUUCUGAUUCAGAUUUCGAUAAUUGGGAACCUGUAUCCGAAAUCGAGAAGAAUACUAGUACCAGAGAUGUGGUAAGUGGUACAAAAACUGAUGAUAUAACGAAUGGAGAACAAGGAGAGAGUUUAGAAGAAGCUUUUCAAUUUCCUCCUUCAAAUAAUGAUGAUACUAAAGUUGAUUCAUCUUCUAUUGCAACUUCUGGCUCUACAGCAAGGAAUAAGAAGGUUGAGGACAAGCAACUUCAGGAUGAAUCAAAUAAUGUUAAGACUGAGGAACGUAAUGUGAAAAAUAAGGCUGAUUUAUCAAUUGAUACUUCCAUAUCUAACGAAUCAGAUACAUCACCGUCAAGAAUUUCAAUAUCUUCACCUUCUUUCAUUAGCGAAAUGUUUUCAUCUUUUAGAGCACCUUCUACCAAUCUUAUAAGCACGACAAAUGAUGGUCUAACGAAUUCUCAACCGGUUAAAUCACCUACUUCUCCAAAUAUCAUAUCUCAUAGGAGAGAACAGUCCAUAAGUUCCAAAAGGAAGGCUAAUAGAAACAGAAGAGUGAGUAGUGUAAGCAGUCAAUUAAGCAAUAACACUAUAAAUUCAAACCUGACAAUGUCAUCAACAACAGCAGGGAAUAUACAAGAGGAUAUGGCAACAACUGCGACACCGUCAUCAUCAUCUGGUAUAAUCGUUGAAUCGCCAUUACAAAAAGCCGAGAAACCAAAAGAAGUCAUUGAACAUCUAAAUAACAUGUCAUCAUCAUCAUCACUUACCGCGACUCCACCCUCCACAGCUACUGCAGCAGCAGCAUCAUACGAUACAAAAUUGUACAAAGAUACAAAAUUUCUAGAUACCACUUACAGGUACGCAUCAGAUGAAAGAAACCAAGAAUUCCAUAGUCUGUUCCCACAAGUCCCAGAGGAUGAUAACCUUCUAGAUGAAUUUAAUUGCUCAUUGAGUAAAGAAUUCCUAUACCAAGGGAAAUUGUACAUAUCAGAAUCGUUCCUAUGUUUUAAUUCCAAGAUGUUGACAUGGGUUGCAAAGGAAAUGAUACCAUUCGAUAAGAUUGUCUUUUUUCAAAAGACUUCCACAGCUGGGUUGUUUAAUAACGCAAUUUCCAUUGAAUUAGAUAAUGAUACAAAAGUCCAAUUUAAUGGGUUCAAUUCAAGAGAUUAUACAUACGAUUUCAUUAAAGAUAUCUGGUCGAAAAAUUUACUAUCUGAGGAAGAAGGUGGUCAUGAAUGUAAAGAAUUGUUAGAUUUGGAACCCACUUCGCCGUCACCAACACCUAAUAACGAGAAAGAAUCGAUAGAUGGAAUCGCAAAUGAAAAUGAAAAUACAGAAAGCAUUUCCAAGAAUAAGAGAGAAAUAGAGACACACUCUUCAAUAAGGCAAAAAACCGUGUUUAAAUUUAAGCCAAAUUUAGAUUUCCAAUAUGAUGGACCACAUUAUUUCCAUGAAACUAAAUUCCCAUAUUCUCCAGAAGAUAAUAAUGAAUAUGUUUUAACAGAAUUGGAAUUAUCAGCCCCCCCUGGUAUAAUUUUUGAAAUGAUGUUUAGUGAACUCAAUCAUUCCUACGUUUUCAAAUAUUUGAAAUCACAAGAUUCAUCAAAGAUUUCCAAAUUCACUAAGUUUAAUCCCUCGACAGAUACAAUUGAAGACGGUGAAUCAACCCACUUAUCACGUACGUAUAAUUAUGAAAAGGCAUUACAUUUCCCAGCUGGUCCCAAAUCUACAACAUGCUAUACUACAGAAACGAUAAUACAUAAAGAUUUCAAGGAUUAUAUAAUGGUAAUCAAUUCCACAAAGACCCCAAAUGUCCCAAGUGGUAAUAAUUUCCAAACUCAAACUAGAUUCAUGUUUAGAUGGGCAUCAGAGACAAGAUGUAUAAUGAAAAUAUCAUUUUGGAUUGAAUGGAGUGGAUCUAGUUGGAUUAAAUCGAUGGUCGAAUCUAAUUGUAAAACUACACAAAUUGCAGCAACAAAGGAUAUAAUUAAAAUUAUUCAAGAGUUUACUACUGAAAAUGUUAUUGAAGUAGAAGAAGAGGUUAUUGAAUCGAAGAAUAUUGUACCUAAGACGAUUGACAAUAUACCGAGUAAGCCUGAAAAAUCAGUCUAUCCGCAAACGGCAAUUGCCACAACAGCAAAUAUUACUGAUACUAAUAAUGAUAUUACGAAGUUGCUAUUGGUAAUAGGAAUAUUAUUAUUAUUAUUGAAUAUAACUUACCAAAGAAGACUGAAUAAAUCAAUCAAUGAAAUAAAAAAUAUAUUGCAAGCGGAAAAAAGAAAUCGGCAAUAA